AUGUUUUCUAGAAUUUUUAAGUAAAAUUAUUUGACAAAGAUUGCUUUAUUUUCAACAGCCUCUUUAAUAUAUUGGGGAAGUAGAAAGAAUAAAAACGAGGAAAUAUUUUAAAUUUUACACAAAUAGACAUAAAAUUAGAUUGUAAAAUUCUUUCUAAAUGGGAGAAUAAUUGGUUAGGGAGCAGUGCUGAAAAAUGGAUUUGUAGUUACAAGUUCUGAAGUAUUUGAAACUUAAUAACCUUAAAUCACUGCAUAAAUAAAUGGAUAAUUAUAAAACUAUGAAAUAGUAAAAAUUGAAGAAGGACUAGCAAUCUUAAAAAUAUAACAAUAGAAAUCUGAAUUUAAUAUGUCAAAAUAUUAGAUAGGAUAAAGUGCAUAUGUUUUAGGAACAGAUGAAUAAGGUUUGAAAGAAUUCGAAUAAUGUCCUAUAACAGAUAGCAAUUUUACUUUAGAUAUAGGAUUAGUAGGAGAGGAGGCCUUAAAUUAAACAUUUCCAUUUAUUUUAUUGAAUGGGUGUUAUUCUAGUCCAGGAAGUAAAUGAUGAUAUAAAUAUUUAGGUCCUGUUUUAAAUAAAAAUGGAGAAUUAUUGGGGAUAAUAAGUGGGAAGUUCAAAAAUCAGACUUAAGUAGUUCCAUCUGAAUAUUUUAAAGGAUUGGAAAAAGGAAAAUCUGUAGUAAAGCCUUAUUUGGGAUUGACUUUGAAAACUUCUGAUUAAGGAGGUGCUUUUAUCAUAAAAAUAAAUUCGGACAGUCCUGCAGAGAAGGCAGGUUUAAAAUUAGGAGAAAUAAUUAAAUCUGUAGAUGGAAUUAAAAUCUAACAUGGAAAAGAUGUUACAAAAUUAUUAGGUGUUACUGAAAAUGUCGAUAGUCACACAAUGGUUGUUUUAAGAAAUGGAAAGGAGAGAACUGUAUAUGUAAAUUUGAAAUGAGC